AUGUGGGUAGGAAGCAUGAUCCAAAAUAGUGGAUUUGCAACCAGUAAUGCCAUGGAAGUCAUCUAUGAUGAAGUUUAUAAUAAUGGUAUCCCCAAUUCACUUUAUAUCGAAUAUGUUGUCCCUGGUGAUCCCACGAAUGGAUUUGGAGUUGUUUUGGAUACUGGUGGAACUAAAAAUUAUGGAAAUAUGCAAAGAGCAGUUCGAUUAUGGUCUGAAGGUAAACCAUUUAAUACUUAUCAAGGUAGUAAGAAUUAUACUGGGAAAUCUUAUUGUGUUUUAGAUUGGGCCGAUAGAAAAACGAUUGUUAAUGAUCCAGGAGCAGGGACAUGUGAUUAUGUGAAAUUACAACUGGGAGUUGCAAUUACUACUACUGCAGGUAUUGAUAGUGAAAGUAUAGAUGCAUAUAAUCCAAGUUUGAAUUUUAGUAAUUUACAACCAGGACAACCAGUUUGUAAAUCAGUUGGUAUUUUACCUGAUUUAGCACCAAAACCAAAUGCAAAUGGGACAUGUUUCACCUAUACAAUCAAGAGUGGUGAUAGUUGUGCAGCCAUCAUAGCUCCAUAUUAUCCCCUUUCAACCACUAAUUUAACCACCUAUAAUUCUGCAAAUUUGGCUUGGUUCGGUUGUGAUAAUCUUAUAGUUGGUAAUUCAAUGUGUUUAUCUUCCGGAACACCACCAGCACCAACAGUUAACCCAUCUGCCGUAUGUGGACCAAAUGCUCCUGGAACUUGGACUACUCCUCCAACAUGUCCAAAUAAUGGAUGUUGCAGUAUAUAUGGACAAUGUGGAGAUUCUGCCGACGUUUGUGAACCUAGCGUAUGUUAUUCCAAUUGUGGAUAUGGAACAUUACCUACUGAAUUUGCCACUAGUUUUAAACAAGUUGGAUAUUGGUUAGAUGAUACUGGUGGUAGUCUUGACUAUAAUGUAAAUAAUAUUAAUACUACUCAAUAUGAUAUUAUUCAUUAUUCAUUUGCAACCAUAAAUUCCGAUCUUUCAUUAUCUGUUGGUGCUGGAUUCCAAGAUUUUUUAAAUUUAACUAAUGUUAAAAAAGUUGUUGCCAUCACGGGAUUACCUGCCAGUGAUUCUGCUACUGUUUCAGUUGAAGAUGGUGAUGAUACAACCGUACUGCAAAUGUUUUCACUUGCAGUUUCUAGUUCUGCCAAUAUUGAUACAUUUGCUACUAAUAUUGUUAAUUUCAUUCAACAAUAUAAAUUAGAUGGUGUUCAUUUAGAUUGGGAAUAUCCAGCUUCAACUACUGAUGGGGCUAAUUAUAAUUUAAUCUUCAAAACUAUCAAAUCCAAAAUGUCAACAUUAGUUUCAAUUUCAUUACCAGCUUCAUAUUAUUAUCUUCAAUAUUAUCCCUUAAAAGAUUUCGAUAAAAAUAUGGAUUAUUUCAUCUUAAUGAAUUAUGAUUAUUUCGGACAAUGGGAUUAUUCCACCGGAACAGGAGUUGGUUGUCAUGUUGAUAAAAACAUAACUAUUGAAUCAAUUGAAAUGAUAGUUAAAUCAGGAAUCAAUACCAAGAAAUUAUAUGGAGGUGUUGCAAAUUAUGGAAGAACAUUCCAAUUAAACUCCACCAGUUGUAAUACUUAUGGAUGUCCAUUCACCGGACCAAAUUCUGGAGCAAUCCCAGGUCCAUUAACUGAUUUUGCUGGAUUUAUGAGUGAGAAUGAAUUAUUAGCAAUUAAUAAAUCUACUAGAACCAGAUGGAGUGAUGCUGAUUCUCAUUGUGAUAUUAUGACUUAUGAAGAUGGUACUAAUUGGGCUGCAUGGAUGAAGGCUGCUGAACGUACUAAUUUGAUUGAAUGGUAUCAACAGAUUGGACUUGGUGGAAGUGCGUUAUGGGCCCUUAAUUAUGAUUUACCUGUAAGUUGA